UCCUCUCGCCCAUGGAAUUAAUUCCGGCUCCACUUGUUGCUCGGCCCAGAAGUCGAUUGGAAUAUUAAGCCCAGGAGUUGCUUUGGGGACGGCUGGAAGUGCAAUGUCUUCCAAGUUCUUCCUAAUGGCUUUGGCCAUAUUUUUCUCCUUCGCCCAGGUUGUAAUAGAAGCCAAUUCUUGGUGGUCGCUAGGUAUGAAUAACCCCGUUCAGAUGUCAGAAGUAUAUAUCAUAGGAGCGCAGCCUCUCUGCAGCCAGCUGGCAGGACUUUCUCAAGGACAGAAGAAACUGUGCCACUUGUACCAAGACCACAUGCAGUACAUAGGAGAAGGCGCGAAGACGGGCAUCAAGGAGUGCCAGUAUCAAUUCCGGCAUCGGCGGUGGAACUGCAGCACCGUGGAUAACACCUCUGUGUUUGGCCGGGUCAUGCAGAUAGGCAGCCGCGAGACGGCCUUCACGUACGCGGUGAGCGCCGCGGGGGUGGUGAACGCCAUGAGCCGCGCGUGCCGCGAGGGCGAGCUGUCCACCUGCGGCUGCAGCCGCGCCGCGCGCCCCAAGGACCUGCCGCGGGACUGGCUGUGGGGCGGCUGCGGGGACAACAUCGACUACGGCUACCGUUUCGCCAAGGAGUUCGUGGACGCGCGCGAGCGGGAGCGCAUCCACGCCAAGGGCUCGUACGAGAGCGCGCGCAUCCUCAUGAACUUGCACAACAACGAGGCCGGCCGCAGGACGGUGUACAACCUGGCUGAUGUGGCCUGCAAGUGCCACGGGGUGUCGGGCUCGUGUAGCCUCAAGACGUGCUGGCUGCAGCUGGCCGACUUCCGCAAGGUGGGCGAUGCCCUGAAGGAGAAGUACGACAGCGCGGCGGCCAUGCGGCUCAACAGCCGGGGCAAGCUGGUGCAGGUCAACAGCCGCUUCAACUCGCCCACCACGCAGGACCUGGUCUACAUCGACCCCAGCCCCGACUACUGCGUGCGCAACGAGAGCACGGGCUCGCUGGGUACGCAGGGCCGCCUGUGCAACAAGACGUCAGAGGGCAUGGACGGCUGCGAGCUCAUGUGCUGCGGCCGCGGCUAUGACCAGUUCAAGACCGUGCAGACGGAGCGCUGCCACUGCAAGUUCCACUGGUGCUGCUACGUCAAGUGCAAGAAGUGCACGGAGAUCGUGGACCAGUUCGUGUGCAAAUAGCGGGCGCCCGCCGCCCGCCCGUCACCCAGCCCCGCCCCCAGGACCCACUUAUUUAUAGAAAGUACAGUGAUUCUGGUUUUUCUCUUUUAAUAUUGUUUUAUUCCCCCCCAUCAUUGCAACCGGAACCAUUUUUUUU